AUGGCUUCCACUACACUCCUCGCUCUCACUCUCUCUCUCCUCCUUCUCCCUUCCCUCUCCGCCGCCUCCCCCCUCCUCGACGCGGCGGAGAUCCUCGCCACCGCCGGCUUCCAUCGCAUGGCCCUGCACCUGGAACUCGCCUCCCAAACCCUCCAAAGCCACCACUCCCUCACCAUCUUCGCCCCCUCCGACUCCCACCACCACAUCUCCAUCAACAACGUCACCGUCAACCCCUCCCCCAUCUUCCGCAACCCCCACCUCGCCAUCUUCGCCACACACUCCUUCUUCAAUCCCCACUUCCACCUCCAACAAGCCUCACCACCACCCCCUCCUCCCCAAAACCCCCUCUCCCACGCCAGCCGCCUUCUCCACUCCCGCGGCUUCACCCUCAUGGCCUCCAUCCUCGACCUCCAGUUCCCGGCGAUCACUGACCGCCGGGAACUGACACUCUUCGUCCCACCAGACGAGGCGGUGGCGAAGAACGCCGGGAACCUCACUGAGCUCCCGGCGCUCCUCCGCCACCACCUCGUCCCGCGCAAGAUCGCAUGGUGCGAUCUUGCAUCCUUAAAGGAUGGGACCUUGAUUGGGACCUACCAAAGUGGGUUUGCUGUCAACGUCACAAAGUCCGGGACUCACACCUUGUUGCUCAAUGGCGUGCCCGUGGAUCUUCCCGAGAUGUAUCGCGGUGACUGGCUCGUGCUUCAUGGCGUACGGCACGUGCUUUUUGCUCACAAGGGCAAACGACACCGUCUGAGGCAUGGUUCGGAUCCGGUUUCGGUUGCGGCGCUCGAUGGUGAACAACCUCCUCAUGACUUUGAUGACCGCGAGCUUGUGGGGAACGUUAAUUCUCCGCAACAUUACCAUUUCUCUGUUUUUCAUUAG